UUUUCUUCUAUCUACCUUGUCACGGGUUGACAGUUGUCUCAUUUGUCAGUGUUUGAGUAGGCUUUGUCAAUCGAAUAGUGCGUGCGUCUGGAAAGUAGGAAAAAUCGCUGUCCUGAAAAGGAGUUUCCCGGCGUUUGUGGGUCAACAACCCGUACAUUUGGGCAGAUGAUUUCGGUUUACUAAAAAUUGCACCCGGCACUGUUCUGCUUUGGAGAGACGCAAAAAAGCGACGUGAGUUGGAAAAGAAAUUUCGAGUCCUUGUUGACGGAUGUGCGCGCAAUCAAAACAAACCCAACUCGGUCGGCUGCAGGCAGCCCAAAACCUGUCACCAACAGUGAGAUCCCGGACGGAAGGACCAGCCGUACUGCAAGCAUCACAAUAAUACAUCGGUCCACUCUUCUUUCUACAGCCCAAUCACAACCACUUCCAGGACAAACGCCCAACGCAGGCAUAAUGAACCCAAACUAUGUGAAAAAGUGUGCCGACUUUUUGCAAAACAUACCGACCCACAAGCUGGCCGCAACCAAUAUUGCUGCUACCGGUGUUGCUGCGGUUGCUUCAACCGAGCCUUCCUGUCCCGCCGCCGGUGCCCCGCAGCAGCCGCAAUCGAAGCCCGAAUCGAUCGGCAACAGAGCUUUUGGGGCUAGAAAAACGCCCCAAAGACCGGAUGGUGGUGGUGCCGUGGGGAUGACGAAGCGUCCCGUUUGGCGUCACCCCGCAGCCGGUCCGGUGGCUCCCUUUCCCCGCCCCCAGCAGCCAGCGCACGCAAGCGAGCAGCAAAAGUUCGUGCGGAGCUGCUGUCCGUCACGCCGGCCCGAUACGUCGGCCCGCCCGGGACGGGCACGGGUGGAUUGUCGGUGGGACGCGCAGGGUGGGAAACAUACUCCAACCCCGCAGCCCACUUUACCGCCCACCGGUGAGAUGAGUGCCGGCCCGAAACGGGAAGGUCGCGGCGACGCAGAUAACGUCAAUCACCGGGACGGCAUUGGACAGACGAGCGUGGAAUGCCAGGACCGUCAACCGCCGUCCUGGUCCGGAAUGCUGUCCCAGGCUCAUCCUCUCCCGGCUGUCAGCGGACAGCGGAAGGAUCGACAACCAGCUGGAGAGUGUGACGAGUUUACAGAUUGCUCUUCCGUCGAUAACAACCACGCGCUACAUGCAGAGGAUGAAGCAUCGAACCGAAAGGCAGACAGUAAACUGUUUCAAUUCCAUCCACUAAGAACGGUACAAUUUCUCUGUCUGGAGUUGACGAACAAACUUCGAGCGCUGGGACCAGAGCAUCGCUCGCUGUACAAAAUAGGCAAGGAGCUGUCGAUUGUGGUUCGGUUCUUAUCGCACCAGCAGCAAACGGAUCCACCGGAAGCGACUGUUAAGGCACACCCACAGGAUGGCACGGACCGGACGCAAGACAAACCCGAAUGCCCGAACUGUCAGCUGCUGCAGCGAAACUGGCAGGACGAUCGGGACCGGCACGCCCAGGAAAGCGCCCAGUUAACGGAGCAGAUUAAUUAUCUGCAGACACAGCUACGCACGGUCCCGCGGCCGCAGGAUGUGGGCGAGCUGGUGCGGGAGCAGUACCGCCGCAUGGAGAACGAUAUUACGAAAUUAAAGCUCGCGGUCGACGAGAAAAACGUCGAGCUGGUGUUGAUUAACGAUCUGAAACGGAACCUUAAGGAGGCGCUUGCGAGGGCGAAGCGGACCGAGCAGGAGCGGGCGGAGCUGGAAAAACGCUUGCUGGAAGCGCAGAUGGAAAACAAGCGACUGGAGCUCUUCCUGGACACGCAGGCCAUUAACUUUCGCAAGGUGAAAAGUGAGCUCAGCCACAUCCACCAGCUCUCCAGCCGGCAGAUCCAGUAUCUGGACGAGCCGAUCGAUUCGCUGGUGCAGCUGGCGGUCAGUCCACGUCGGCACCAUCGCGGCCGUCAGCCAUCGUUGCGUAAUUAUGCAUCGACACAGUCGUCGGAGUGUGAUACGACUUCCUCCCGUACGCUUCAAUCACCUCGCCCGGAGGAGGAGAUGGAGGAGGAGCACAAUCAGGCAGCGAAAUCUUCACCAAACCGGCCCGAGAUGGACGUGGCACAGCGAAAAGCUCAUUCCAAUUGCCGGACCACCACCACUACCACCAGUACGUCGGGCCUCACGCCCGACGAAUCAAUGCCUUCGUUAGCGGCGUCGCAAUCGGAUCGGGAUAAUGCGACCGGGAGUACGCAGUCGUCUACGCCGAGCUGGAUUGACCGACCGCGACGACCGGGCGAUGACAAUGGCAAAGAUAACGAACGCCACCGCCAAGUACCGGGCAUCAAUCGUGGUGCCGAUCACGAUGACAACCGCAUCCGUCACCGGGCGAGCGAUUCGGAUUACAGCGCCGGGAAGCUGACCGGACGCCCUCUGGACGAUGGUGACGCCCAAUGGCAGCAAUUCGUCGUCGAGCUGGCCGAAAACAUCACGCUCCCGUCGUCACCGCGCCCUUUCCGGCACAACCUCUCCAUUGCGCAGCUAUCCGAUCUGGACGACUCGUUGAUGUCGGAUGCAGCAGCAGCACUAUCGAAAUGCCGUGCCGGUGAUGCUACGCCAUCCUCCCAGGGCAGCAACCUCUGCAACAGCAGCAGCAGCAGCAAAUUUACCAAGCAAUUACAAACCAAAUAACGGAGUGCAGUGUGGAGCAGCGUUCCAGUGGAGCAGAGCAGCAGUUGCUUUGAUGUUUGCUGCCCUCUGUCCCAGAGGGAGGUGUUGGGAGGGGGGGGGGGGGGUAAGUAGUAGAGACACUCGAGGGUUGGUGUAAGUCGUACAAGGCACAAAUUAAAUUGUUCUCCUUCGUUUGACCGGUUUGCCUUCCAGGACGAGCUCUCACGAGGGCAUCGAAUCGUGCGCUGAUGCUAAUUAAUUUCACAUUUCUAACCCCGGGACCUGAGUAACCAGAGCGGAGAAGGGUGGCGAAAGUGCAGGGAAGGACAAAUGUGCCAGUGUGACUUUCAAUGCUUAAAGCUGAAAUAGUUUUGCUAAUUGAUAAACGAUCCUAGAACUUGUACGGUUGGCGUGUACGAGUUUAGCAUAGGGCAGGAUGGACUGAUUCACAGUGGUGUGGCAUGAGUGCUGGACUCUCACACGGGAGACGUGAGUUUGAGUCUCAAAAUGGGGAACGAGUCUUUUCAAAAUGUUACGAUGAGUGUGUUUAUUUGCGUAUCUUUGUUAAAAUAUUAAUUGACUUUACAAAACUUUGUAACGAAGACAUUAUGUCACCCUUUGUUUGCACUUUAACGACACCCAAAUUCAAUCCAUUUUAACCUCAAACAAGCAAUCAAUGCAGCAUGAAAAUCCCAUUUGCUCUGACCACAACUUUCUGAAACCUAUUGGAACCCUCUAUUCGUACAAUAAAACGAUCAAAAAAUCUCUUUUUCCCCCAUUACAAAACGAAA